AUGACACAGAAUAAUGCCGCUAGCACAAACGUCAGGACACGCUUCUUGAUAUGCUCUGACACCCAUAGAAUCGAUAGUUUACCCGGCCUCAUUCCGUCCAAGCAACAUGCAGACGUUGCUAUUCACUGCAGAGAUCUCACCACCCAAUCUCAACUCCACGAAUACAAAGCGUCAAUCCGUUUGCUCCAGGCCAUUAACGCGCCUUUAAAGCUUGUCAUAGCCGGUAACCACGAUUUCACAAUGGACAUACCAGAGUUCCACAAAAAAGUCGCAGAGGCCUCGUUGGAGCGUGAGCUCGUUGAGCAAGCGUAUGGAUGUGACGGAGAUGCUAGGAGAUUGUUUGAAGGCACAGGGAUUACUUUUCUCGACGAAGGCGUACACUCUUUCCAUCUACAGAAUGGCGCUUUGCUGACUGUUUAUGCCAGCCCAUACACGCCUUCACUUGGAGAUUGGGGUUUUCAGUACCACCCCGAUAAAGGCCAUGACUUUAUCAUCGACGAUGGCAGUGGUACUAACGUGGAUGUUGUGAUGACACACGGGCCACCCAAGGGAAUAUUGGACUACACUCACUCCGGUGAACGGGCAGGCUCCGCGGACCUCUUUCGCGCCCUCGCGCGCGCCCGACCACGGAUGCAUUGCUUCGGUCACAUUCAUGAAGGUUGGGGCGCUAGACUUAUUACGUGGCGUGACAGGCCUACCGCCGUGCCCUCUCACCUAACGGAUAUUGACAACGGACAGUCCUGUACUAUAGCGAAGCUCUCCGACAUCAAACACGGAGCUAGACAAAGCUUGAGCGGGGACGCCGCGCGUAUGAAGUGCUUUGCUACUAGCCACUGUUCUGGGGAUGAGCAUCCACUGAACUGGGGUUCUCAAACGCUGUUCGUAAACGCUGCCAUCGAGGGGACGCCCCAAAGCAUGGUUAACCAGAAAGAGAAUCUGUCGAUGCAGCUACCAUGGGCUGUUGACCUUGAACUCCGAUCUUCUCGAGGAGCAGGAGAAACAAGCGAAAAGUAA